AUGGGUGACUGGAGCUUUCUGGGGCGGCUGUUGGAGAACGCGCAGGAACACUCGACAGUUAUCGGCAAGGUCUGGCUGACCGUCCUCUUCAUCUUUAGGAUCCUCGUGCUGGGAGCUGCUGCAGAGGAGGUCUGGGGAGACGAGCAGUCGGAUUUCACCUGCAACACGCAGCAGCCCGGUUGCGAGAACGUCUGCUACGACGAGGCUUUCCCCAUUUCGCACAUUCGCUUCUGGGUGCUGCAGAUCAUCUUCGUGUCCACACCCACGCUCAUAUACCUGGGCCAUGUACUGCACAUUGUUCGCAUGGAGGAGAAGCGGAAAGAGAGGGAGGAGGAACUACGAAAAGCGAGCAGACUCCAAGAGGAGAAAGAACUCCUAUAUAGAAAUGGAGGGAGUGGGGAGGCCGGAGGCAGAGGUGGGGGCGGCGGAAAAAAGGAGAAGCCGCCAAUCAGAGACGAGCAUGGCAAAAUCCGCAUCAGGGGAGCCUUGUUGCGCACUUACGUGUUCAACAUCAUUUUCAAGACCCUGUUUGAGAUAGGGUUCAUUUUAGGUCAGUAUUUUCUCUACGGCUUUCAGCUGCGGCCCCUGUACAAAUGCGGCCGAUGGCCGUGCCCCAACGUGGUGGACUGCUUCAUUUCCAGGCCCACAGAAAAGACGAUCUUCAUCAUAUUUAUGCUUGUGGUGGCGUGCGUGUCUCUUUUGCUGAAUUUGUUAGAGAUCUAUCACCUUGGAUGGAAGAAGGUCAAACAGGGAGUGAGGAACGAGUUUGCCCCCGACAACGAGUCCCUGUCGCACACGGACGCAGCUGAAACCGAAUCCACGACUCCUGCCCCCAGAACUGCCCCUCCCACCCUUAGCUACCCGCCGAAUUACACGGAGGUGACGGCGGGGAGCGGUGCCUUCCUGCAGCCCGUGUCGGCGACUUCGACCGCGGAGUUCAAGAUGGAUCCCCUACACGAGGAGCUGAGGGAGCCCUCACCUUUCUACAUCAGCAACAACAACAACCACAGGCUGGCGGCCGAGCAGAACUGGGCCAACCUGGCCACCGAGCAGCAGACUCGAGAGAUGAAGGCCACCUCCCCCUCUCCUUCCUCCUCCUCCGCCUCUUCCACCGACAACGAGCAGCAGCCCAAGGACGCUGCUCCACCCACCACCACACCGAGUUCAAGCGGCGGCAGUUUGGGUGGCGGGAAGAGCGAGGCGGAGGAGGGCCACGUCACCACCACAGUAGAGAUGCACGAGCCACCGGCCAUGGUCACUGAUCCCAGACGGCUGAGCAGGGCUAGCAAAGCCAGCAGUGUUAGAGCCAGGCCCAAUGACCUGGCAGUGUAG